UCCUGAACAGACCAACCCUCUUUCUCCUCCUCCUUCUUCCCCUCCUAUCAGCAUCCCUUCGUGCUGCAGCUGAGAGAGUUCAGUCUGGGGCUGCUCCUGUGUCUGCUCGUUGCUCCCGCUCCAGUCUGCCAUUACAUGAAGCUGUCUUCAACCAAAGAGUCAAGAUGAGGAAACUUGGCAUCCUGAGCAAACAGUAUAUGUAUAGGGGCUUGUUCCAGAAGGGAAUAUAUUUUUUUUCUUCCCAUCCUCAAGUGAAGCUGGAAAAUGUGACUGUAAAUGUAACCAUCCAGGACUUUGUGGCUGAUGUGGUGUCAGAGCUGUUUUUCCGCAAUACACAGCAAUUUUCAAGAGACAUUAUGUUCAUCUUCCCUUUGGACUCAGACACUGUCGUCCACUCCUUCUAUGCUACCACAGGAGACACUCGUAUAGAAGCAAUGCUCUGGGAGAAGGAGGAGGCCCAGCAGCUGUGCAAAACCAUUUCAGGCAUGGAGAAUUUCAGAUACCUGCAGGAGCAGAGAGAUCUUUGGGGUCCUGUGUUUGCUUGUUUCUUGGGGACCCUGCCUCCUAACGGGGAGGUAGUCAUCAACCUGUGCUAUGUACAGGAGCUGCCACUGCAUCCUGAUGGAGCUGCCCAGUUCUGCUGGCCAAAAGAGCUCAUCCCCGAGACGGAAGACCUCAAAUGGCUCUUUUCUCAGGAGGAGGCGGUUUCCGAAAAUCUGCACUUCAGCAUCUGUCUGAAAUCAGCCCGUGGUGUGUCCCAUGUCACCGUUAACGGCUGCGACACCUCUCUGCAAUACACCGCUCCAGAUCAGGCAUCUGCCCAGGUCUCCUUGAAGACAUCACCUUGGCUGAAGGAUCUGAAGUUGCUGGUGUAUUACAGAGGGUCCCACGCUCUCAGUGCUGUGGUGGAAAGAAGAGAUCCCAAAGGCCCACCUGGAUCUCUUCUGGGAGAUCCUGUGGUGAUGGUGACGCUGACACCCAACUUUCCUGAGGUGGUGCUCAAUCCAGGACAGCAUGGGGAAUUCCUCUUUCUCAUGGACCGCAGCCUCUUCCAGGAUGCACAGAACACACUGCUCUUCCUCCUCAAGAGUUUGCCUCUGGGCUGUUACUUCAACAUUUACAGUUUUGGGGCCACUUUCAAAGCUUUCUUUCCGCAGAGUGUGGAAUACACGCAGGAAAGCAUGGACAAUGCAGUGGGGCACAUCUCCUCCAUCUGCCCUGAUCUGGGUGGCUGUGACCUCUUGGGCCUCCUCAAGUCUAUCUAUAGCACUCCUCUCCUUCCUGGGCGUCCCCGCCAGCUUUUCAUCUUCAUCCAAAGAAAGAUCUCCAAUGAAGAAGAAGCUGUCAUGGAUGAGGUCUGCCGUUACCGGGACAAACACCGGUGUUUUUGUUUUCCCACUAACAGCUGUGGCAGCUUCAACCUUUCCCAGGCCAUGGCCCUGGUGACCAAAGGUCAAUGCGUGUGCAUCCACUCUAGGAUGGACAUGGCAUCUGAGGCAGUGAAAUGCCUGCAGCAUGCUCUGCAGCCUCUGGCAAGUGGGAUCUCACUUCAUUGGGAACUUCCACCUGGCCUGGAGGUUUUGAUGAUCAGAGAAGCUCCUGAGAUGUUCAUCCAGGGAUAUCAGAGCUCUGUCUAUGCCCAGAUCCAUGGACAACCACAGGAUCCAGAGGUGGGUGAGGGAGCCGUGACUCUUCAGUACCACGUGGGCAGCCAGACCUUUGGUCAUACUCUCAGGUUCUCACUGUCCCCAUCAACAGAUGACAGGCUGCCCGUCCAUCGCAUGGCUGUGAUGCACCUGCUGAGGAAACUGGCCUGGGAGGAGACAAGCGGGGCAGAGAAGGACAUCUGGCACAGCGCAGUAAAGUCCAGCCUCAGCCUGGGUGUCCUGUCUCCCAUCACAUGCAGUGUGGCAGCACGCAUGGAACAGAGCGAUGCCUGGCAGCGUGAUUCUUUCCCGCCAGACUCCUCCCUGUUGGUCUCUCCCUCUUGCAAUCUGGUUCCCUGCCAGCUGCUCUGGCUGCGUGGCUUCAGGCCGAUGUGGUUCAAGUCUACCAAGUUUUGGAUGGUCCAGACAUGCCAGUUCUGCCUUGAGACACUCAGUCGCAAAGGCCCUGACCCUGGGGCACUCACUCAGCUUUCAGCAUCCUGUAAAGAGCAGGAGCUUCCUCCUGAAGAGCAAGUGUUGGAAGAACCACCAGCAUUCAACGUGAAUUGGGACUGGACAGUUUCACCACUGUCAACAAGACUAUGUGACUUCUCCGGGCUCAGGGUAGUGGUGGCACUCCAGAAAGCAAAUGGCUCCUGGGCCCUCAGUGCAGCCCUGUCCUCUGCCUUAGGGCUCAGCGAGGCUGAUGUUGAGGGACAAAGGCCCAGGGAGGUGGUGCAGCCAACUGCCUGGGCCACGGUUUUGGCGUUGGUCUGGUUGCACCAGUAUAAAUGGAAGGUGUCUUGGUCAGAGCUUCUGAAGGCCAAAGCUUGUAGGUGGCUCCAGGACCAGGCUGAGGUCCAGCUGGAUGAAUGUCUGGUGGCAGCAAAUUCCCUAUUGGGGUGCAUUGUGGAUCCCACCAUCUUCAGGACUUCAACUUACUCCACUUCUGGGGGUGGACAAGACGUGGGGGAUGGUGGGAACACAGCCAGGACAGCCCACCCCGACUCGCCAACAGGAUGUUCCACACCACCAACAUUGUGCUCUUGUGGGAAAACAUCUCCAGAAAUGUUGCAUCAGAGCUUUGGACUCCUAAAAAAAUCCUACAGCAAUGAGACAACGGGAUCCUUUCUGCUGGGGAAGUGGCUCCAUGUGCCCCUGUCCCCAGUGCCUCUGUGCAGCGCUGUGGUGGAUGUUGCCAUCCAGGAUUACGUGGCUGACGUGGCCUCCGAACUCAUCUACCAGAACAAGAGUCACAUCUCCAAAGAAGUCAUCUUCGUCUUCCCCCUGGGCUCCCACAUGGCCAUCUACUCCUUCCAGGCCCGCAGCGAGGAUGCCGAGGUCCAGGUCCUGCUGCAGGAUGAGGCCCAGCAGCUGCACGAGGCUACAGCGGGCUGGGAGGAUCUGGAAUGCCUUGAGAAUCAGUCUGAGCACCCGGGGGAGUUGUUUGCCUGCUCCCUGGGCAGCCUGGCCCCUGGCAGGGAGGUGGUCGUGACCUUGCGCUAUGUCCAAGAGCUCUCCCGGGAGCCGGAUGGAGCAGCCCGUUUUGUGCUACCACCCACGCUGCAUCCCCAUUCGAUUCACUAUCUCUUUGAUUGCUUCGUGGACAAGCCAUCCUACAGCCUGCUGCUCACUGCCAGCCUGCGGUCACCCCGGGGAGUGACCGAUGUCCAGGCCAACUUUGCCCUCACACCUUUGAUCUACACUGCCCAGGACCACAGCGCUGCACAGGUCGCCCUGGCUGGAAAGCCUCCAAGAAGCAAGGAUUUGGAGCUGCUGGUGUAUUUUGGAGAACCCAGUGUGGUCAGUGCUGUGGUGGAGAAGGGAGACCCUGGAGCCCCCGCAGGGUCCCUGCUCGGUGACCCCAUGGUGUUGGUGACGCUGGCACCCAGCAUCCCUGAGGCUGUGCCUGGGCAGCACCAGUCUGGAGAGUUCAUCUUCCUCCUUGACACCACAGUCCUUGAGCAGGCACAGGGCUCCCUGCUCUUCCUUCUCAAAAGCCUCCCCCUGGGCUGCUACUUCAACAUCUACUGCUAUGAAGCAACCACCGAGGGCAUCUACCCACAAAGCGUUGAAUACACUCAGGACAACCUGAGCGAUGCCAUGCAGCGCCUCCCUCCCAGCAGCUCCGGUGUGGGUGACGCCACUCUACUGGGAACCCUCCGCUCCAUCUACAGCACACGCCGCCCCCGCGGGCACGCACGCCAGCUUUUCAUCUUCAUGGCCAAGCUGUCCCCUGACAAGGAAGCCGUCGUGGCUGAGGUCUGCCGGCACCGCAACAGCCACCGGUGUUUCUCCUUCUUCUUCUCCAAGGACAGCGCUGCCCUGGCUAUGGCCCUGGCCAGGGAGACAGGAGGUGAAGCUGCCUACAUCUCCUCUGACAGUAUCAUGGCAGUUCAGGUGCUGCAGUUUCUGAAGCGAGCCCUCACGCCAGCAGCUGAGGGAGUCUCUCUGAGCUGGACCCUGCCCCAUGGCCUGGAGGCUGAGGUGCUGGGGGGCUCCCCAGAGGCCAUCUUUCAGGGUCAACACAGCUUCCUCUAUGCACAGAUCCAUGGUCAGGCUCAGGAUAUGGUGGUGGCCAAGGGAGUCAUGACCUUGCAGUACAGCCUGGAAGGCCAGGAUGUCACUCACAGGAUUGAAUUCCCACUGUGCCCCCAGGGCGAUGGCCGGCUGGCUGGGCACCGUCUGGCCGCCAAACGCUUGCUGGAACGGCUGCUGCCAGAGGCUGCGAUUGGGUCAGGAGAUGAACCAAGGCAUCGCGCAGUUGAGAUCAGCCUCAUUUCGGGGAUCAUCUGCCCUUUCACCAGCUACGUUGGGGUUCGCACGCCACAGAGGGUCAGCUGGUACCAAGGGCCCCUGGCACUGCUGCCACCCCGCCCCUCUCUCAUCCCCUGCCAGGUCAUUGAGCUUCAGGGCGGUGGUAAGGUCUCCUCAUGCUUUGUACAAAACACACUCUGGGUCCCACCUGGCUGGCUGAGAGCAGUGCGCGUGUCACGGUUUGCACUGCGCCGACUCACCCAAGACAUUGCUGCUCUGCCCCAGCGUGGGGCUUGCUCAAAAGCAUCCAAACCACCACCUGUUUCAUCUCUCAAGUAUGUGCAUCCCAUGGAAUUUGGUCUGUGCACUCCACAUUUUGUGCUGUUGUCCACCAAGGACAUUGCCGAGUGCCGGGAGCUGGUGGCACUGCAGAACGUAGAUGGCUCCUGGGCCCUCAGCUCAGUCUUGGCCUGUGUGCUGGAAGUCAAUGAGGCUGAAAUCAAGGGUCAGAUGCCUGGGGAGGACAUAGAGCCAAGCAUCUGGGCCACAGUGUUAGCGGUGACCUGGCUGCACAGACAUGACAAGAGUUACCAAGGCUUCUGCGAGCUGCUGGAGGCCAAGGCUGUGACCUGGCUGCGCAGCCGAGCUAUGUCUCAGCUGGAGAAGUGCCUGGAGGCAGCCAACAACCUCCUUGGGAGCAGUGUGAAGCCAAGCGUCUUCAGGCUCUGAGCUCAACACACGCCUUGUGCUACAGACCAGCAGCACCUGCAGAGCUGAAAAGGGCCAGAAAGUACAGCCCUAAUUCCCCUCCUGUGCUGGGCCACCCCUGCUGCUGCCAGCUGGGGUCUUACGUCACAGAUGUCUUCUCAUUGCUUCUGUCUUUUACUCAUUGGGCUGAACCUGUAUCAUACUGAACUCAAGAGAAAACCUCUAGUUCAGAGUUUGGGUUGGGCAAAGGCGGGAAUGGGAAGGAAGCAUCAUGUUCCCCAGUUGCUGCCCUUCCCAAAUUUAGCUUUGGCAAAAUUGGCUCUCAACCUCCACAAAGAUGGUGCUUAGGGACAUGGUUUAGUGGUGGACUUGGCAGUGUUAGGUUAAUGGUUGGACUUGAUGGUCUUGAGGAUCUUUUCCAACCUUCUAUGAUUCUACGAUUCUACGGUUUCUGUGUUGACAAGGGAGUGCUGUGCACACUGGAAAUGAUAAGUGUUUAGAGGUGUCAACAGCAGGCACAACAGCAGUGGCUCCCAAUGAAGCUGCUGCACCGCUCUUUGCUUUGUCCCAAAGACCAGACUGUCAGGAACACCCAUGUCUGCAUUGUUGUGUAAAACCAUCGCUUUGGAAGUAAACUCUCAUCUGCACCAGACCCAGCCCAUUACAGCAUCCAGAACUCAUGUGGGACAAGAUUGAUUUGAAAACUAUCAGCAUGUUGGAGGCAGAGCUGCAGGAGCUUUUGAUGAGCAAGCCAGUCAUACAACGUGCUCCAUCCUGCCCCAGGGCUCUAUGGGUCCCAUUCCAUGUUGGCAAAGUCUCUGUUUAAUUUUCCAAUAAACAGUGAAUGUUCUGCAACUCAAAAGGUCUGACAGAGCCUUUGCUUCAGUUGGGCCUAUGAUCCUUCCAGGGGCCACCUGUGAGCCCCCAGGAAGGGCAUGAAGGGACAUAACUUGCCAGAGAACUGUGCAACUGUAAUACAAUAAAUAAGGGUCUGCCAUUGCUCUUGCAGGAGCACAGAUCUGUUCCACCUUAACAAGACAAGAGCUGAGGACUUGCCAGGCUUUUUUCUGGACUUCUUUCAGCUUGAAUUUAUCUCAG